AUGUUCGGCACUCUCCAGUUCAACCAUUCAGCAGACGCAGGGCCCACCUUCGUCGAACGAGCAGACGGCGCCGCAUUCAGCGCUCUUGGCAACAACGUCCUACAGCACACGGCAUGUGAUCAAUGCCGCCAGAAGAAGCUCCGAUGCACGGGACGCAAGACGGGCUGUGAGCGCUGCAGGGCCUGUUCUACAGAGUGCACUUAUACCCAGCUCUUUGGAAGUAACGUGCGGCGCAAGGACCGAAAAAGGACGGCGCGGCAGAAUGAUGAUGCCACGAGGUCGCAGUCGCCGUCUUCCGAGCAACAGUCCGAAUCGGAUACUAUGCGGAGCACUAUUACUAUUGCUAACAAAACCUCCCCGAGCGCGUCGGUGCAGGAGGAGAAUAGCAGUAGUCAGAAUGGUAGCAGUUCUUCUGUUGAUCCCCUGGCAAAUCCGUUGAAUGCAACGCUCCUAGAAGAUGCGGCCAUGGGCAGCAACACUUCGGGGGAUGAAUUCGUGUUCUUCGAUUUGGAACCCUCCACUUUUGACCUGCCAGACUCCAAUUCCUUGCCGGACUUUCACUGGUCGCCAUAUAGUAUACCUGGUAUUCCGUCGCCCCGGAGUGCACAGGCCGACACUUUCAGCUUCUUGGACUCUCGCGCAUCAACAGCCACGACAGCUACACGAAUAUUCAGCAAUUCCACCAAUGCUAGCAACAGUGCCUGUGGUGACCAGUGUCUCAAGGUCAUGAAGUCACUGCUCGAGGAGCUUGAAACUCGCAUGCACGACAUGAAGCCCUGCAAAGCUGACGUUGCACUGUCAUUCCAAAAACAAUCAUGUAUCCAGUGCACACAGGUAGUCCACUGCAAGAGCUGCUACACCGACCCAGACGCCAUGCUGUUUCUUGCCAUGAUCUGCGAGAAGCUUAUCAUGCUCAACAAGAAGAUACUCUGGUACACGAGGGAUGGCACCAAUCUAGAGCAGCAGUUGCGCGUGGGUGAAUACGAUGUGGACCAGACUGAAGAAUGGGGGAGUAUGUUGCAGCUCCUUACGGUGGUGCAGCUGCGGAAGAUCAGGGCGCUGGUAGAUGAUAUUGAGAGAAGCCCAGCAAUUGAGGGCAGACAUGCUCAGCUUAUAAUGCUAAAGAGCGUGAAGCAGCAGGUUAUUGCGCUUUUGGGGAGGAUUAAAGAGGCGUUAUUUCAGGUUGUAAAUGAGCCAUAG